AUGUACGUCACCCGCCAAGUCUUCAUCUUACUCCCCCUCUUCCACUCCGCCGCAAUAGCAUUCCCCCAACAAACCGGCACGGUCACAGCAUACGCAACUCCAGCGAUAAUAACUCCAGCCGUAGCGCUCCGCUGCUCAGAUGGACAACUCGCCAUCUACACAACCGACUGCACGCUAGGAACACCAGUAUCCUACUGCUCGAGACCAGAGCCUCCAAUGAAAUGCCCACAGGGUUUCUUCUCGUCAGUCUGGCAUCCAGACCACUGCAUGGAACAACCAACCUGUUUCCCGCUUAAUGCAGCGUGGAUCACGACUGAGUGUUCGAAUGGUGCGCUUGCUUAUGCUACGUCAACUCUAUACGAGGGUACGCUUGCUGGAGGACAGUCGACUAUCAUAAGUGGUGCGUAUCUUCUUUUUCUCGGAUCUUCAUCUCUUUACAAUUAUUCGCCUCGCCAGGUAAAAGGCCAAAGAAAUGAAACCUCUAACUGGUUUCUCAUGACCAAAGCUGUCUCCUGCUCCUGCGCCGAAGAUCAAUGGUACAGCAUGACCCUCCUCGAAGGCUCAACUACCUACGAUACCUUCUGCAUGCCAUCCAGCUACUGUCCACUAGGCAUGACGACCUCGGUCUCGUUUAAUGAUUACUGUGUCACUGCGCCUGCGAGUGCGUGUUCUGGUAUUCCUAUGGAGACUAAUUUCUGUAAAUGUUCUUAUGCGGGGCAGACGCCUGUUUAUCCUGAGUAUCCGGGUGCUGUUCCUACUAGGUGUGAAUUUUGA